AUGACGUCGAUUUGCAGCUUUGUGUGGACCUUAAGACGUCUAUAUAAAACAGUGUUUGUACUGCCCUGCCGCCGAAUGAAGCUAACAUUACGUCUGUUUAUCAUGUUCCAAAUAUCAAUUAGUAUGAUAUGUUUGUAUAAAACGAUUACUUAUUCUCUUAAUAAACUUGGUCAAUCUGUCGACAAUAGUGAAUACCAUGAGAAAAUCCGAAAUAUCAGAGAAUUUACUCCGAAUGAAAGUAUCAAAACCAUGAAACCUCUGCCCCUUAUCAAAACCAUGAAACCUCUGCCCCUGUGUCCAGAAGUUCCGCCUGGCCUCGUUGGAAAGGUGAAAAUUGAUUUUGCCAACUAUGAAAUGGUUCAAGUAGAGAAAAAGUACAAAAAUCUUCAAAAUGGUGGCAGAUACAAACCGAAAUAUUGCACCGCUCGACAUCGAGUAGCUAUCAUUAUCCCCUACCGGAACCGGAAAUUACACCUACUAGUGCUCAUGAACAACCUUCACGCCGUUCUCCAACGGCAGCAGUUGGAUUAUGGCAUAUACGUCGUAGAGGUGGCGCCAAUGUCGGACUUUAACCGGGCGUUGUCUCUCAACAUUGGGUUCACGGAGGCCAGCCGGGAUUACGACUACCAAUGUUUUAUCUUCCAUGACGUGGACUUGAUCCCAGAGAAUGACCAUAAUAUUUACUCAUGUCCCUCAGGUCCACGCCAUAUGUCUGUAGCCGUGGACAAACUAAAAUACAAAUUACCUUAUCAGACAAUCUUCGGAGGUGUGGCCGCGAUGAAGAAGAAAGAUUUUGUCAAUGUAAACGGUUUCUCAAACAAGUUCUUUGGCUGGGGAGGCGAGGACGACGAUAUGUACAAGAGACUUAAAAAUACCCAUCUAAACAUCACUCGAUACAAACCGGAUAUAGCCAGGUACCGGAUGUUGUCACACAAAAAAGACUUAUCCACGAAUAAAGACAGAUUUUACCUGUUGAGACACACUAACGACACCUGGCGGACGGACGGACUGAACUCUCUAACGUACAAGCUUAUCAAGACCGAUCGCCAUAGAUUGUUUACAUACAUUCUCACUGACAUCGAUCCAGCCCACCCUGCCUACUUUACAGAUCAGUUGAAAAUUGUUCAAGAAUCGUUGGACAGGAUGAGAGAAGACUUCAAAAAGAAUAACAAAAUGAAGAGCAAGGGAGAUAACUCAACUUUAGAGAUCAUUGGAGCUAACUCGUCUACUCUUGAUGUAGUCAAUACCACAAAAUUUAUGAAACACAAAAAGAAACCUUAUCAGCUGCCUUAUAGUACUGUUGCUAAAUCUAAACCAAAACCUGCAGGAUCUUUACAUCCUAUACAAGGGUUUAUAACAUACCUCAAAAUGUUUCUAAGUGACGAAGGAGGUAUUGAUAGAGUUCCGGAUAAGAAAUUAGCAACAUUUGUGCGAGGCUUUGUAAAUAACAUGACGGAAGCUGGCUUUUCAAUAAGCGCUGAUUUAAAAUUUAGAAAGAAUUCAAAAGGCAGACUUGAUAAAACGAAGAACUCGGGUAAAAAUAAAUAUAAAAAUAUAGACAAAGAAUGGCCCAUCACAAUCAGGACAGCCACGAAGAAGAAAGUUGACAUCAAUAUGGUUAUGGUUGCUAUAUCUAUUAAGUGA